AUGCUGAGGAUAUUCGAACUCGCCCUUGCCGGCCAGGUCCCUGCAUCACCCGAUGUGAUUUCGGCACAGGAACUCGCUUGGAGUUACGGGCAUAGCCCUCCAGUAUACCCGACACCUUUGGGAAAGGGACUUGGAGAUUGGUCUGAUGCCUAUAAGAAAGCAUCGGCACUCGUUUCACAGAUGACAGUUGAUGAGAAAGUUUCCGUGACAUCGGGACAAACAACUACCACUAAUGGUUGCGCUGGUAUGAUUCCAGGAGUGCCGCGUCUGGGGUUCCCGGGCAUAUGCGUCCAAGACGGCCCCAAUGGCCUUCAUGGAAUUGAGGCUGUGAACGGCUACGCAUCUGCCAUUACCGUGGGUGCGGCAUGGAAUAGGGGACUGGCUCUCGCACGUGGCUACCAUAUGGGUCUGGAGGCUAAGAGCAAAGGAGUAAAUAGCCUGCUGGGGCCUACGAUAGGUCCACUCGGCCGCACUGUCCUCGGCGGUAGAAAUUGGGAAUCCUUCUCUGUCGAUCCAUACCUCUGCGGUGUCAUGGGUGCUCACACAGUUUUAGGCAUACAGAACCACGUCAUUGCUACUGCUAAGCACUUCAUCGCUAACGAGCAGGAAACCAAUCGCAACCCAAGUACUUUCGGUUUAGGUAAUGCGUCUGUCUCGGCCACUAUUGACGAUAAGACGAUGCAUGAAUUAUACCUGUGGCCAUUCCAAGAUGCCGCCAAAGCCGGUGUUGGAUCGGUUAUGUGCUCAUAUAACCGGAUUAACGGCUCUCACGGCUGCCAGAAUAGCUACACUCAAAAUGGCUUGUUGAAAACCGAGCUCGCAUUCCAAGGCUUUGUCAUUACUGACGCUGGAGCUUUGCACAGCGGGGUUUCGAGCGCCAAUGCCGGUACGGAUGCGACCACGCCUUUCACUGAGAUGUGGGGAGGCAACCUUAGCCAGGCAAUAGCAAAUGGCACCAUGUCCGAGAGCAGGCUUGAUGAUAUGGUCACUCGAAUUGUAGCAAAUUGGUUCAAGUACGCCGAUUUUGAACCCGGGACUGGCCUCGUGGUUGAUAUCUCAAAACCACACGAGGUCACCAGCUCGAUAUUUCCCGAAUCGAAAAAAACCCUCUUCCAGGGUGCUGUUGAGGGCAUUGUUUUGGUUAAGAACCAUAACAACACCCUCCCUCUACAGAAGCCAAAGAUUUUGUCUCUGUUUGGCUAUGACGCUAGUACGCCUCUGAAGAACACCCCGGAAGGUCCUUAUAACAAGUGGAGUCUUGGGUUCCAGAGUGUCAACGUUACCGACGAAGAAACGAUUGGCCUUGCCAUUGGCGUAGGGACGCUUCCGGGUGCUGCUCGUCUUGGCACGCUCGUCAGCGGCGGUGGCAGCGCUUCAAAUACACCCGCGUACAUGGAUUCUCCUUACAAUGCUUUCCAACAGCGCGCGUUGCAGGACGACACAUUCUUGGUCUGGGACUUUGAGUCACAAGAUCCUGUUUAUGCUAAUGGGGGUUCUGACGCGUGUAUCGUCUUCAUCAACGAGUUCGCUGCAGAAGGCUCCGACAGAGUCUCGCUGGCCGAUCCAUGGUCAGACCAGCUGGUCAAGAACGUUGCUGGAAAAUGUGCCAAUACCAUAGUUUCAAUCCAUAACGCCGGCACUAGGCUGGUAGACCAGUGGAUUGAUCAUCCAAAUGUUACAGCCGUCAUAUUUGCCCAUCUACCCGGCCAACAUUCGGGGAGUUCACUUGUAGAGAUCAUCUAUGGGGAACAGUCUCCUUCCGGGCGUCUACCAUACACGGUCGCUAAAAACGAAUCCGAUUACGGCGACUUGUUGAUGCCUGUAACUGCCGACAACAUCUCAAACUACUAUACGUCAGCCAACUUCACUGAAGGUGUCUAUAUUGAUUAUCGCCGCUUUGAUGCGUUCGAUAUAACACCCCGGUACGAAUUCGGCUUUGGCCUCUCCUACACGACCUUUGAGUACUCAGGACUCGAACUCAGCCUCGCUUCCAAAGGAAUCAAUGCAUCGGCCCUUCCACCCCCAGGACCUGUCACUCAAGGCGGGCAAGAAUCUCUCUGGGACAUUAUCGCUGUUGUCUGUGGGGACGUCAAGAACACCGGGACCGUUGCUGCCUCAGAAGUUACCCAGCUCUACGUCGGCAUUCCAAACGGUCCAGUAAAACAGCUGCGUGGGUUCGAAAAGAUUCUUUUACAACCAAAGGAGCUCAAGACGGUAACUUUCCCGCUUACGCGAAGGGAUCUAAGCACAUGGGACGUUUUCCAACAGAACUGGGUUCUUCAGAAAGGGGAAUACACCAUUUACAUUGGCGCGAGCAGUCGUGACGUGCGUCUGACGUCGAAACUGGUUCUUUGA